CGCGCAGCUGCCCCAGCAGCACCCGGAAGCGGAACUAUUGCUCAGGAGUUCGGCUCCCCUGUCAUGUGAUAGAUCGGCUUGGCUGUCCGGAGCGAGCUGGCCCCGUUCUGUCGGACAUGGGCUGUUGCUACAGCGGGGAGACUGACACCGGCAAAGGGGAUCAGCGAGAGAGGGAACAUCUGCUGCCCCAAAGCCACUCUCUUCCCAGCAAUAAACAAAAUGGAUCAGAACAGAACCCCACAAAUAACCCCUCCGCUCGCACUGAUGAACAGGCCAUGUUGUCUCGCAUCUUGGCCAAGACCGCUCAGAACAUUAUUGAUGUGUCAGCCGUGGAGUCACAGGGGAUGGAGCAGCACGAAUGUAUGGACAGAGCCCGGCAGUACAGCACGAGGCUGGCGAAACUCAGCAGCAAUUUAAUGGACUGGAAGAACGUGCCCCCCCUCCCCUCACUGACCUCUCAGCCGCACCAAAUACUCGCCAGUGACCCCGUUCCCUUUACAGACAUACAGCAGGUGUCUAAGAUCGCUGCUUACGCCUUCAGUGCGCUCUCACAGAUACGAGUGGAUGCAAAAGAGGAUUUAGUUGUACAGUUUGGGAUCCCGUAACCUGGAUGCACUUGCGCGUUCUCUCAGACCUCAAGCAGUGUCGACUCCAUCUAUAUUUUCUUUAAUUUAUCUUUAUUUUUUAGAGAUUUCUUUAAAUAUUGUCUUUGCUUAGCUCAGGAGUCGAUCACCUGUUUUACCCCCUUUUGUUACCCCUUGUACCGCCAUCUUGCUAUUGUCCUUGAUGUUUGCACUGGCCAUUCACACUGUUCAGCUCUUGCCCUGGUCUUACAGCUCUGAUUUCAUUGUAUUCUGGAGUAACAGCCCACAUAUAAUACAGGCUAAACUGUUCUAUUACCCAGCAGUGCAAAUGUUUAUUUUCUACUUACAUUUAACAUUUUUAGUAACUACAGGAUUUUGGGGGGAGACUUGACACAUUUGGGGUCUGUCCCAUUGGACUUGAGAGAAAUUCCCUGCACCUUCUGACAGCAGGAGGCUUAGGAUCAUGGUCUCUGUGCAUCCUGAGCUUUAUGGCUGCAGCUUGACACAUAAUGGGCCCCUCAUAGAUACCCCUAAUCUGUCACAUUGAGUAUUUAAAGCCAAGGACAGGGGGUGCUGUGACCCUUUGCUCUGUAUGUAGAGACUACACUUACUGCUUCUGUUCAGCACAAGAUGUGUUCCUUUAGUAACAAUAAGGAUGGCACUUUGCAGGUUCUGUUUCCUUAACCCUAUGUGCUCCCAACUCCCCGGAUGGUACUUAGGGGCUGGCAUUAUUAUAUAGACUCUUGAUCAUGUGGCAAAUCAUUACACUGUUCCACCUGGCAAUGCCCAAUUGGCAGCUUUCAUCUUACAUCAGAGGAUGUUAUUGGUCAGCUGGAGAGACUGCAAUUUUACUUACUGUCCCUAGGUGGUGCCAUUGCUAAGGGUUACCCCUGGGUGCCUCACGCAUGAUUACACAAGGAGUAAUGCAAACGGCUCAUGCGGAGAGGAAUGGGGGUGCCCUGGCCUAUCCCACAAGGAGAAUAAUUUACAGUAAACAAAUACUAUUUGGUUUCUUUUUCUAUAAAUUGUGGGAAAUCUCUGUAACAAUAAAAUUCUUACUUGUCUCAAA